AAUAAAAAAAAGAAGUGAAAAACAGGAAGCGGAAGGAGGAAAAAAAAAAAAGGGGAAACGAAGCCACACUUCGAAAGUGUUUCAAAAACCCUCCCUCCCUACCCCUUCUGCUCCUCCUCCUCUUCCCGUCGCCGGCGACGACGGCGGUGUUGCUCUGAAACUCUGAAAGUUACGCUUCGAAAUCUUGCUUCCGUACUACGUCCAUAAGGUUUGGGAUAAAGCAAUUUCUCAACCAAUGGAUAGAAGAAGAUUCAACGAAUCCUCCCUACUUCCUCACUCUGUUACCGGCGGUUCCGGUCUCCGGUCUUCUCCUCCACCUCGUCCUCCGAACUACACUUGUCACCGUGUCCAGGGAGCAUUGAAGCAUUUGGCAUCAAUUGAUCCAUUGGAAUUAUGUGAUGAAGCCAAAGUAGAGCACUGCCGAGCAACUAGAGAUCUAAGAAGUUGUGGACGACAUGUACAGAGUGUGUUGAAUUCAUGUGGUCAUGCCUCUUUAUGCGAGGAAUGCAGUCAGAGAUGUGAUGUUUGCCCUAUAUGUAGGAUCCCUUUACCAAAAGAUGGCAAUAGACUUCGACUACGCCUAUACUACGAGUGCAUAGAGGCAGGUCUUAUCUCCAAGAGGUGUGAUGACAGAUUACAAGAGAAAGAGGAUAGUGAUAAACAAUUGGUUGCUGAUAUCCAGCGGCUUUAUGCUUUGUUUGAUGUGGCACUGGAAAACAAUCUAGUUUCUCUAAUAUGCCACUAUGUGACAGAUGUUUGUAUGGAUGAAAGUGCUGUGUCCAGUGAUCCCAUCAUCGCUUUCUUGCUUGAUGAAGUGGUGGUCAAAGAUUGGUGCAAGAGGACGUUCAACAAUAUUUUGACCGAGAUUCAAGUGAUAUAUAAUCUAACCAUGAAUGCACUGAAAGAGAACUUGAGUUUAUUUCUCAAGUUCUCUGUGAAGUUAGGUGGCAUCUCUAACGUUAUUGAUGUCUUGGAAUCAUCAUUCAAAGGUUCUCUUUCUGCAAAGCUUCAUGAUUUACACCACCUUCAAGAGAGCAUCUUAAAGACAAAACAGCACAUGGAGAUAAUGAUUUGGUGUAUAAGACAUGAGUUCUUGGAGAAUGUCAAGUCUAGGCAUAAAAAUUUUGCAUCUUGGCGAGCUCUGGUCCGCGAAAGGAAAUCUGCUGCAAUUAAACGUGCAUGGCCCGAUUCAGUAAAUCAUUCUGACGAAUACAAUGCUUCCACACUCUUUAUUGAAGAUGCUCUCUCGAAUAUUGAAGCAGCAGAGCAGGGAGACUUAGAUGAUCAUGAAGAAGAGUUAGCACUUGCUUACUUGCAGAAGGAUGAGGGCUCUUUAUAUGCACGGUCAAAAAUAGAGGGAAUGGCUGGAUGCUAUCCAUUUGAAAGUUUGCGAGCUGCUGCUGACAUUCUCUUUUUACAAGGAAGUUCAGACUUAGUAGUUGCAAAACAAGCAAUUUUCUUGUAUUUUAUGUUUGACCGGCAAUGGACAGUACCUGAUGAGGAGUGGAGACACAUCAUUGAUGAUUUUGCUGCCACUUUUGGUCUGACCAGGCACUCGCUAUUGGAAUCCUUUACAUUUUUCCUUUUAGAUGAUGAGGGAGUUCCAGCUCUGAAGGAAGCCUGUCAACUUCUCCCUGAAAUAUCAAGCCCAACAAUCCACCCGAAGGUUGCUCAGGUUCUGUUGGAGCGGGGAAACCCCGAUGCAGCUCUCAUGGUUCUGAGGUGGUCUGGACAAGAGGGCACACAGCUAACUUCACUCCGGGAGGCUGUGACUUCUGUUCGUGUGCGGGUAGAGUGUGGACUUCUGACUGAAGCAUUCACGUAUCAGAGGCUGAUCUGUGCUAAGAUCAAGGAAAAGAAGUUGAGAGAUGAACAGUUUCAGAGUGCUUCGGCUGAAGUAGAGGACCAAUGCAGGUCGUGGGGUCUCUGGGUGGAGACUCUUGUCACUGAAAUUUGUUGUCUUUGCAUUAGGAGGAACUUGGUUGACCGCAUGAUAGAACUGCCAUGGAGUGCUGAUGAGGAGAAGCAUCUUCAUAAAUGUCUGCUGGAUUUUGCUGCCGAGGAUCCUUCAACGACCAUAGGAAGUCUUCUUGUAGUUUUUUACUUACAGCGUCAUAGAUAUGUUGAAGCAUACCAAGUUGAUCAGAAGCUUCAGAUCAUAGAGGAAAACUUUAUUUCUCAAAAUUCUGUCAGUGAAGAAGUCUUAGCGAGGAUAGGAUCAAUAAAGCAUUGGAGGACUUGUUUGGUUGACAAGGGAGUAGAGCUGUUACCUGAUAUCUUACAACAACAAGUAAGGACAGGGAAUUUGCCUGAAGUGGUUGUUACUUGCAAUGACACAGUCAACAUCUCUGAGAGGUCCAAUGCUGUAGCCCAAGAACCUAUCAUGACCAGUUUGUUGGCUAAUCCUCACACUGAUUCUAGCCUCAUUCAGCGAGUUGAUGUUGUUAAACCUUCUGUUCUUGACUCUCUAUCUGUACUUGGGGGAUCAUUAAAUCGGUCAAGCUUUAAAGUUGGGCAUUAUAGUUCUCCCAGUUCCCCAGCACAUUUUUUCAAUGAUGCUGGAGUAUUGAAACCUGAAAGUAUUCUUGGGAAAAAAUUGAAAUUUGAUGAGAUUGCGACCCCUGCUAGUCGUCGUGUUAAUCCUCCUGCUCCUGUGAUGAAGAUCACCAGGAAUUCGUCGAAGGAACCUUCUAUUAGCCGACUUCGCAAUUCUAAAACAUAUAGAAUUUCCCCCGAGAAGUCUCAGAAUGGGUUUCCAAAGGAAUCUUAUAAUUUUGACCAGACUGCUGGCAACAAUGUAAAUUCUCUUAGUAGCAACAGAGGCAUAUUAAAAGAUUCAGUUGAAGAUUCAUACAUUAGUUAUCCUGGUAAACAAGUACUGUCAGAUGCUGCUGAUAGACCCUGGGUGUUACCAUUAAAUGAUUCAAUGGAUAUAACCUGGAGCCAUGAAGAAAAGGGUCCAACCACCGUACAUGUAGAAACUAAUGGUGGACCAAGGUGGAGGUCUGAUGAUACCAGUGAAGACGAGGAUUUGCCCUCACCAGAUGUAUUAGCUGGAGUUGUCUCUCCUGCACACACUUCGAGGGGAGUCAGAAGGAGCAGGAGGAUUGCCGCCAGGAGAUGAUACACCUUGGUGUUGUAGAAUCUGAGUAUGUGACAACACAUGUAUCCCUUUUGCUGGAUGUGGCUUUUAGUUAACAGACCAGAGUUGGGAGGCAUCAAAGUUUUUUAUAACAUUUGCUGCUCGAAUUUCUCCUCUUGGAAAUAGUAAACUCGGGUUGAAACUGAUAUUUGAAGCUCUGCGCCUCGAUGUUUUCCUCUUUCAACCCUUGCACUGGUUUUCACUUGGAUACAGUGCAUAUUUCAAAGAGCAGCCGAUGUCGGGGUUUAACAAUUUUUGUAUGUGAGAUGAGCGAUUUGAAAUUUGGUUGUAAAAUAUUUAUUGCUCCCUUUUCAAGUCGUGCCCAAUUUGCAGAAACUUUUCAUUGAAAAGCAUGUAGAUAGAUGCGUAAACAGACCUUGAUAUUUCUGUUUCCAUUUUCGUUUUCAAGCAGGUAAAGUUUUUAGCCAUAAGAAGGAUAAUUCAUUUUGAAUCUCGAAAGUUGUAAUAGUUGUAAUCUAAGAUCCGGUAGAUUUUCAACUGAAGGAGAAGCUUUAACAUUUUAUCA